AGAAAAAAUGGAAAAAAGAAAAAACAACCCUGAAACUUCUAGGUAUAAGAGUGUUAGCCAGAUUAUGAUUUUUUUUUUUCCCAGACUGAUGGCUGGUAUUUCUUUGUCCUGCACAUUUAGGAGAUUUAUUUAUACAUUCUGAUACGUUGUCUGACUAGAAUUUAGGGCAAAUUUUAGUUACUGCAGUCACAUUUCACUGACUUUAAAAUAGCAGAAGGAUCCUAUUAUACUAUUCCUUGACCCUAUUAUAUUUACAUUACUGGACUCUUUGUGAUACCCUCUAGCUGCUUUCUAUCUGUGUCCUCCUCGAGCAAAAUACGCCCAACAGUAACUAGAAGCAGGGUGUAGUGUUGGAAAUCAAGUUCUCAUGUGAAAUAUGCAUUUCCGCACAGCAUCAUGAAAGCAAAAGGUUUAUUUAAUACUUGUCAAUACCUGAAGACAUAGUCCAGCAUUAGCAAAUAAUAAUAAAUAAUAAUAAUACUCUAAUAAUGUGGCAAUCCUAUUGUGAAAACGCACAUGACCCUUAGGUUUUCCUGAAGAUUUUCAGAAUUCUCCCCAUUAGUACAGCCGGUGGUGGACAUUGCUGUUGCAUUUCCCAAUGAAACGUUUAAAAGACUGUAAAUGGCGUGUGCAUUACUACCUUGCAGAAGGAAGAGGUCAGGCUAAAUUGCACUGGUAUUUAAACAUAAUCAUACUAUGAAAAUAAAUCAAAACAUCACGUAAAAGGAGUAUUUUAAAUGUUACACACGUUUUCUUUCUGGAAUGACAUGGCUAAGCAGUUCCCUUUGAGCAUAUAUAUUUUAACACAAGUUUACAAAAAUAAAAGUAUAUGAUUUUCAACAAAUGGGAAUAGGUCUACAGCAAAGUAUUAUGAAUAUUAUUUUGCUCUUUCUUUUCUAAUAAGGUUUAUCCUUCAGCCAGACAGUUUUAAGACUGAAAUACUACUGGCUAUAGAGUGUAGAUUGCAAAUUGCACGCUACUCAACGUGAAAAGGAGCACGUUUGAUUGAUCGCCUCUGUGUGUGUAUGCGCCCAUACACACAACUCUCUGUAGUUGCAUGUGUAUGUAUUUGGCAAAACCGGGCAUCUCUGGCGUCCUUAUCUUAAGAAAUGUGAGACAAACAUCCAUUCCUUUAAUCGUGUUCAUCUUUGAUCACCAGUGAGGGUGACAGAGUCCACAAAAUUAACAAAGAAAUUCCCUUGCUUUUGAGACAUAGCUACAUAUACAUCUGGGUCUGCACACACAUGCACAUGGACACACAAACAGGCAGGCAUACAUCCCAAUAAGUAAAUUAUGGCAUAACUUUUCAUGUAAUUGACACCAGACACCUUUAAUUUUUCAUUUUCAUUCUUUUGACCAGCCUUCACAUUAACAAUCUAAGCCAUAAAUGUUGGUGGCUAUUGAUCGCAAUCCCCUGUGUGCGUGCAAAUCCAUUUUCAAGUCCCCUGCCUUUAAUGUGCGUGUGCGUGUGCAAGGGGCCUCUGACGGCUGUUUAUCAGGAUCUCCCCCAGCCUGCUUCAAGACGACCCCGGAUACACAACGUGUGCCGAUGGCCAAGGGAAAGCACGCACACACACGCAUACACACACAAAAAGAGCCAAACCAAAUGAUGGAGAAGUAAAGAAACAAAGCUCUCUUGUGUGAGAUGCGGAGAAAGAUAUGCAACCGAAAGUGUGUGUAAGUAUACGGUGGGGAUGUGUAGGUUGGGCGCCUGACAUUUCCCAAGAUUUCUUGUGGGUUUCUCCCUGCCGACAUCUGGCGCUGCCUCGACCCCGGUGCUCAUGGCCGCACCUUUCGGGAACCCGAGGUUUGCCGAAAAGCCGUCACUAGUUUUAAACCUUUGGUAGCACCGGAAUUUAAAAUAAAAAUAAAAAUAAAAAUAAAUUUCAAAAGGGACAUUUUUUAAACAGUUGCCGAAUCCCACUGCCAGGCUAUCACUGGCAGCGCGUGGGUGCGGGUCUGGAUGCCCGUGGCUCCCUCCGUGCGAGUGCACGCGUGGAUUUACACGGGAAUCCGACCCAGCUGAACUACCUGACAAAUAAAGGACUUUUCAGCCCAUCGAGCUUUUGGGUAACGUCUUCUGAGCAGCUUUCUCGGAGUUUACUGUUCCUUUACUGUUGACUCCAUAGCCUUAACCUUAAAGCAGGGGGAGGAGAGCAGUAGGGAGGGGGUGGGGGUGUUCGCAGCAUAUAAGUACAUCAGGAGGAAUUUUUAAACGACCUUAUUGUCUCUAGCUCUAGAAAGACCACGAUGAUUUCUCUUUAGCGCCAGCAGCUGUUUUCUUUCGAAACUUUGCUUUUUUUGCCUCUCACACGAGCGAGCAGGAGAAAGGCAAGGCUGGGAGAUCCAGAUGCGAGGAGAGGGAAGGAGAACUCCGCGGAUGGUCUGAGCUGUGCCGAGGCAUUGUUCACUGCUGCCUCUCGGUUACGUUUAAAGGCUGAAAUAUCACGAGAUCCACUCAAUGAUCCUUUUCUAAUUCGAGGGACAAAAUGUAAUUUGCUGUAGCUCUGCUUUCUCGGAUGGGAAUACUAUCCCUAGGUUUCAGAGGGAAGAACUAGGCAUCGCGGUUCGCACACACAUGGAUUAAGUUGAACAGCGGCGAUUACAUCUGCGCUGAGAGCAACAGUAGUCCAGGGCUGACUUUUCAAAUCUCAGCCCUCCGAGUUGGAGGCUCCCUUGAAUAGACUUCCUCCAUUCCCGGAUGCACUUCUCCAAAUUCCCACUUCUCUCUCGAAUUCCUGGGAAAUUGGGGGCUUGCCUGCAUUUCGCCUUGUCAUGCAAAACGGCGUUUUCACAGAGUGAUUAUGCGCUUUCUUUUAGCUGUACCUGACGGGGUAACACGAACUCCACGCACCAUAUUGCCAACACGCGGAGUGGAUAUUGACGUUUGCGAUUGAAGAUUUUUUUUUUCCUCCGUCGAUUUUUUUGCCAAGUCACAGCAGUAUGAGAUGUCUCAUUAAUCUCGCGGAUGUGUCUAAUUCUGGAUGUGCAGUGAUACAUAAAAGUGCUGGUGUUUGUAUCCAGCGGAACACUGGAUGCACGGCAGAGAUUGGUGAUUUUUUUUUUUCGCAGCGCCUAACGUGCAAACCGCAAGCAUCACUUUAACGUGACAAGGGAGAGGCAUGCAGCUAUCGCAACAUUUGCGAGAUCCUCGUUCUUGACACUCGAAUAAUUUAACGUUCCUAAGAAGAGGUUAAACCUUCAUGCUGCUUCUUCAAAUUGAUUUUAAGGGGCUGCUAUAAAUGGAGCAUCAAAAAUCUUCGGCAGGGCUACUCCGAGCGGAAUAUGCAAACUGCGAGCCAGAAGCAUCCUAGCCCGAUGUAAUAUCGUACAUUGUGUGUUCCAGCACUUUUUUUGUUAUUACGUAAAGGCUCCUGGAAACACCUUGGAUAUUUUACAUUCUCCUUUCUCUGCUGGAAGCAAUCAGCACGCAGGAAUCCUGACGUGGGCUCUGGGACUAUAGGACAUUCCAGCUCGUGAUCCAGCACGGUUAAUCGUGAAAAGUGUAUACAUUUCUGGCUUAUCUAUGCUUUGUUAUGGGUCUGACGUGAGCUCACGUCCUCCUCCCCCCUCCUGCAAUAUUACUGGCAGAAUUUCAGUUAAAAGUGUUAUAGUAUCACGGUGCGGGAACCCGUGAUAUUCAGACAGCAAAAAUAACCUUAGUACCCGGCUAUAAAAAGCUAAUUAAGCAGAAGAGGAAAAUCAAGAGAAACUCGAAAAUGUAAGUACUCCCUCUCGUUAACAACCGAACAUUUAACUUUGGAGCCUCAGAAGGGGAAAUACCAAGCUGUUCUGCACGUUUUCGCUAAGCUUCAUUUUCCACACAAUGCAGAAUAAAACGCUAGUUUAAAGCGGCUACGUUACCGAAGGAUUUUCCAUCGCUACGAUCAGACUUAUGUCCUUUAAAUUCACGGCAUGCACAAAAGAGCAACGUUUGUCCAAAACAGGCUGAAAAUAUACGGAACGAUAGGGGGAAAAAGCAUACAAAUCCUUCCUCCGAAGCUAGCGACGAGGAAGUCUGAGAGGGCUGAGUGUGUUUGAGCUCGGAUUGUUUAAUAGAAAGAUUUAUAUACUAACUGUAUUAUUUACUUUGGGAGGGGAGGUGGCAGUAUAAGGGUAUGCUAAUUAGUGGGAGAUUUUUUGGGGGAAGGGGUGGAAUAUCAAUUUUUAUUGCAUCACCUGUCAGGAGUGUCCAAUCAGCGUUGGCUUUAGGGGAAUUAAUUGAUGAAGGUGUCUCCGGACGAGCUCACUUCACUCUGUCAUUUUAUUUGUAGCUAAAGCAGCGGCGGGAAUAGCAGCUGCAUUUCUUUUCUCUUCCUCCCUUCACAUUCCAUUAUCAUAGUUUCCAAUGGAAAAGCAGGGAAUGAAAGGGAACAGGUACUGAUCUUCAGCAACAACUUAGAGAAACACUUUGGCAAACCUGAUUUUUAAGAUUAUAUAUUGAUUGUAGUCUCACAGUAUUUUUUAAUUUAUUUUUUUUUAAUUUUGUCUAAAGUUUGGCACUUCAUUCACCAGGAAUAACAGCCUUUGUUAUAUUUUAUUAGCAGGAUGCCUUGAGACAAAUACAGCAUCUGGCUGAGGAUUGUGUGUGUGUGGCUUUUUCUUUUUUUUUUUUUUUUUAUUUUUUUCAUCUCUCUCUCUCUCUGCAAAUGCUGGGAAUAAUUUAAUUCACGAAAUGGGAGACCUGAAGUCGGGUUUUGAAGAGGUGGAUGGCGUGAGGCUCGGCUACCUCAUCAUUAAAGGAAAGCAAAUGUUUGCACUCUCCCAGGUUUUUACAGACCUGCUCAAAAACAUCCCGCGAACUACCGUGCACAAGCGAAUGGAUCAUUUAAAAGUAAAAAAACAUCACUGCGACUUGGAGGAGUUGAGGAAACUCAAAGCCAUCAACUCCAUCGCUUUCCACGCCGCCAAAUGCACCCUGAUCUCCAGAGAGGACGUGGAAGCCCUAUACACAUCCUGCAAAACCGAACGGGUUCUUAAAACGAAACGAAGGAAACUAAGCCGGGCGCUGUCUGCCACCGAUCUCCGGCCUGAGCUCGCUCCCCCCGACCCCUUCUCGGGCUUCUGGAAGGAGAACAAACUUUGGCUGGGUCUGAGCGACUCUCCUCGGCCGCUGCUGCCCGUCCGGAGGAAAGCUCUGCGCCCGGGGGACACAGCCUUGCUACCGGCCGCUCAUCUACCUCACAUUUUUAGUAAAUACACUGGCCACAGCUACCCAGAAAUCGCUCGGGCGCCUUGCAAAUCCCCCGUAAACUAUGAAACGGCGCCGGCGGAGGAGGACGAGGAGGAGGAGGAGGACGAGGAGGGCAGCGGCGCCUCGGACUCUAGCGAGGGCAGCUCGGAGGAAGAGGAGGAGGAGGAAGAGGAGGAGGAAGAGGAGGAGGAGGAGGACAGCACCUCGGACUCCGACUCCAGCUCGGUCUCCAGCCAGGUUUCGGUACAGAGCAUCCGCUUCAGGCGCACCAGCUUUUGCAGCCCGCCCGGCGUGGUCCACGCCAACUUCUUGUACCAUCUGGCGGCCGCCGCCGCCUCCCGGCCCCCGGCCCCGGCGGAGCCCGGCGGGCUGCCCGCCCUCCGCGGCGCUCCCGGCGGAGUCAAGCCGGAGCUGCCGGAGGAGUGGGGCUGCCCCGGCUGGGCUCCCGCCGCCCCGGCGCUGCGCUGCUCCGGCGGCCUGGGGAGCUGCUUCGCGGAGAUAAGAGAUGAUAGGGUAUCCGAACUCACAUUCCCACACUCUGAAUUUUCCAAUAAUGCCAAGAGUACUGACCUAACAAUUAACUGUGUUGCAAAGGGGGCCUCUUCACCUAGCCCAAAGACAAACAAUGCAUUUCCACAACAAAGAAUACUCAGAGAGGCAAGGAAAUGCCUUCAAGCAACUACUACACACCGUGCAGAUAACAAUACAAUAGCUGCUAGGUUCUUAAAUAAUGAUUCUUCAUCAGCGGCAGCAAAUUCAGAGAAAGAUUCCAAAAUCCCUCAUUGUAUUGAAUUUGCCACGGAUUUGCCCUCUUUACAAACUGAUCCUGCGGAGGAUGCUGCUUCUCCAGGGGCAGCAGCAGCAGCUGAGCUCCAGUGCACUGAUACAGGCAAUAAGGCAUUGCCAUUCCUGCACAGCAUUAAAAUCAAAAUAGAGGACAGCAGUGCGAACGACGAGUAUGAGCCUGAUCUUACAACACAUAAGCUAAAGUGUGAGUGCAAUGAUACUAAGGAUGAGUUUUACGGUGUGACUGAGAGUAAUAACCAGGACGCUUUAUUAACAGCCAAGGAAGAUUCUGCAUGCACUGAGAAAGAAACCACUUCCUUAAACCCACUGACUCAGAGUCAGGUCCUCUCAUGCACUUUAGGUACUCCAAAACCUGAGGAUGGGGAGUAUAAAUUUGGAGCAAGGGUGAGAAAAAAUUACAGGACACUGGUUUUGGGAAAGCGACCUGUACUGCAGACUCCUCCAGUCAAACCAAAUUUGAAAUCAGCUCGAAGCCCACGUCCUACAGGUAAAAUUGAGACACAUGAAGGAACACUGGAUGAUUUUACAGUUAACAAUAGACGCAAAAGGGUAGCCAGCAAUGUAGCAUCAGCAGUGAAAAGGCCAUUUAAUUUCAUGGCAAAUUUUCCCUGUCCACCAUCACUAAUUAUUGGCAAUGAUGGGGAUUUGUUGCCAGCUUAUUCCUUAAACACCACUAAGGAUUCCCAACCACCUCACAAGGCCCAUCCUGUAUGGAAAUGGCAGCUGGGCGGUUCUGCAAUACCUCUUCCACCUAGCCACAAAUUCAGGAAAUUUAAUUAAUAAAGUAGUUUGGAAAAUA